GCAGGUUUUUCCACUGUAUUGAGAUGCCAGCACUUCAGUUCAGAAAAUAAAGCAGCAGACAAAAGCCUCAUGACUCCAAUGCUGAAACAUCUCAUUAUGAAAAUAAAAUCAACUGGUCCUAUUACAGUUGCUGAAUAUAUGCGGGAAGUUUUGACAAAUCCACUGAAGGGGUACUAUAUGCAUCAAGAUAUGUUUGGAGAACAGGGAGAUUUUGUUACAUCACCUGAAAUAAGUCAGAUAUUUGGAGAGUUAAUAGGUAUUUGGUUUAUUAGUGAAUGGAUGGCUACAGGAAAAUCUCCAAAAUUUCAGCUGGUGGAACUGGGCCCAGGUAGAGGUAGUCUUAUAGAUGAUAUUUUAAGAGUUUUUACUCAGCUGAGCUCCAUACUUGCUAACUGUGAAAUUUCUGUUCAUUUGGUGGAAGUCAGUCCAAAGUUAAGUGAAAUGCAGGCAUCAAUGCUGACAAAUGAGAAAGUAGAGUUGCCAGAAAGCUCCAGUGCUUACAUGCAUGGAAUUAGUAAGACUGGAAUACCAAUUUUCUGGUAUAGAAACUUGAAUGAAGUGCCAGAAGGCAAUAGCUUUUAUUUAGCACAUGAAUUUCUUGAUGCUCUGCCUAUUCAUAAGUUUCAGAAAACAGAAAAUGGGUGGCGUGAAUUGUUGGUUGAUAUUGAUCCAGAAGCUUCUGAUAAACUGCGAUUUGUCCUUGCACCAUCUUCCACUCCUGCCUCAAAAUCCUUCAUACAUGAUCAAGAAUCCAGAGAUCAUGUGGAAGUAUGUCCUGAUGCUGGUGUCACCAUCCAGAAGCUCGCUUCUAAUGUUGAAAACAAUGGAGGAGCAGCACUGAUUAUAGAUUAUGGUCAUGAUGGAACCAAAACUGAUACUUUCCGAGGAUUCCGUGGUCAUAAACUUCAUGACACAUUACUGUCACCAGGAUCUGCAGAUCUCACUGCUGAUGUAGAUUUCAGCUACUUGCGAAGAAUGGUACAGAAAAGAGUAGCCACUUUGGGACCAUUAAAGCAAAAGGAAUUCUUGAAAAAUAUGGGCAUCGAUGUUAGAUUACAGGUUCUACUGCAGAAUACUGACGAUGCAGUCACUCGAAGUCAUCUGUUUCAAGGUUAUCAAAUGCUCAUGGAUAAAAUGGGAGAACGCUUUUAUUUUUUUGCCCUUUUACCUCAUUACAGAUUUAAGCCAGAUCAUUCACUUUCAUCACCUGUUGCUGGCUUUGGAGAACUUUUAUGGAAAUGAACCCCAAAUCAGAAUAUGCAUUUGGUAAACAUCUAAAUUUCCCUAAGGAUCUAUACUUAGAUCUAUUAGGAAGACAGUUGAGUUACUUUAACUGUGGAAAUUUCAAUCAUGCUCAUGUAACCAAUAUAGGGAAUCAUUGAUAAGAUAAAAUUAAAAACAAAACAAUGCUGCUGAAAGGGAAGAGGAGUUUUAGAUGGAAAAAAAUAUACAAUUCUGUACCGUGAAAGGGUUUAAAGUUUGCUCUUUAAUUCAUUCCCCUGAGAAUUUCCAAAUUUGAGGGAUAAUUUCACUGCUCUCAUACACAUCCUUAUUCCCUUCUCAACCUAGCAAUAGCUGCCUGCCAACCUGGUGCUUGCAACUUCCUGCUGGAUUUCCCACUGACAGCCACAGAUUCAGUAAGCAACAACAACCAGGACUGUAGGGAGUUGCCAUCACUAAGUGAUGGGGCUGUGCUUUAUGACUGCAUAGCUUAGCAACAAAAAUUCCAGUUUCAAUUUUCAUAAGAUAAGGAUUACCUAUAUAUGGCUACCAGCGAGCAGGUUAUUUUCAGAAAACAGAGAGCUAGUACAAAUUGAGUAACAGUGCAAGCUCCUUUUCAUUUGUAAAUGCAGCUCUAUGCUAUGUUGUAAUAAAUGGUUAAUGUGUUAAUAUUGUUUGUAAUUCAUUUCAGAAAAAUGAAGGACAAAAAACGAUAUAAGCACUGGUUCAUUCUUGCUUUUUAAUAUAAGCAGCCUGUCCUAAUUUCUGAGGACUACUUCCUAAAUUCCACAACUAUUAUAUCAUGCUUAUAAUAAUAAAACAUCCAAUAUGACUUGGCUAAACAGACUAUUCAAAAAGGUUGCAACUCAAGUUUGCUACAAGCUAUUGCCAAGAAUAUCAUUAAAAACACUGGCUGUUGUCUCAUAUUUCACUUCAAUAGUGCAUCUUAGUGAGCUUGAGGAAAAAUCUAGAACUGGACCAAAUUUCACAUAACGGAUUCAAACUAACUUGACAAUACUAUAGUACUAAUCAUUCUAAUCUCUUACCGCAAAAGUCUUUUUAUGAAUAGAAAAAGACACAGUAGGGAAAUAAAAUUUAUUUCAAGCUUAGAGGAUAUUUACAAACAAUGAGAUAUAUAAAAAUAUAAAAAGUACUUGACAGUGUCUUUUGAGACUAUAGGUUUUACUAAAGUAUUUUCUAGAAUCAAUACAGCACUAUUUUUCGAUGAAUGCAACUUACCUCAAAAAGAAAUAUUAAUGCUAAUGCAAUUCUGGGUACAAAUUCAUCUGGAACAAAUGCCAAUUUAAAGCUUUGAUGCAGUAAUUUAGGCAUUCAAAGGAACAGUUUAAGAAUGCUAGCUAUGCAAUUUUAUUGUUGUAGAGUAUGUGUAACAGCUUUAUAGAAUAGAAACAUUCCAGUUAUUUUUUUCUUUGGCCCCAAUAACAUUUGUAUUCUUGUUCUACUGCUAUAUAACAUUUGUUAUCCUGAAAACAUAACAUUGUUAUCCUGAAAACAAAAGAAUAACCUAACAGGCGUAACAUGAAGUACAAUACAUUCUCUAGAAGUUACUUGCAACUAUUUAAAUUAUAGCUAUUCAACUGUACAUACUCACUUGGAAGUAAGUCCCAUUGAACUCAGUGGGAUAUAUUUCUAAGGAGACAUAUACAAUAGCCCUGUUAAUGAACACCACUGGGAACAUCUAUGAGUCUACUUUGGCAUUAAAAAAAAAGUCAGGUAAAAACAGAUACGUUCAGUUCUAGUAGAGAUUAGGCUGGGAUUUAGCUUGCUCGGGCGAUUUCAGUCUAAGAAUACUUUCAACUAUUCCAUGUCAACUUCCAUCAUAUCUACUUUUGAGUAUUUCCUUUCAAUCAUUGGAGUCCGCAAGAUACAUUUAAUCCCCCAUCUCUGCAGUGGAUAUCUUUUCCAGCCCUGAUUCUAACAUCUAAUGCGGGCAAGGUAGCAGUUGGCAAAUUAUUAGUUCAAUAACUAGAAAAGAGAAAUGUUUUUUCUAGAUUUAAUUCUGAUUAAGACUAUACCUCUGUAUGUCUUUCUCAGUACAGUCCUUCAAUUUUUCCAUCAUUAAGUGAUAAGUAAUCUAUCAAUAAAAUACUAUUCUUCAUUCUGCAUGAAUGAAUUGAGGAGUUAUAAUUUUCUGCAUUUUAGUUCCCAUCAUCAUAAAAAAGAUUUUUUUAAACUAUCUGAAAUUGGGAUAUUAGAAAAAUAUUACAACUAAAAAUAGGAUGUUUGGCUAACAGAAAAACCAAUAUAAAAAUAUUAAAAGGAAAUGAUAUUUUCAUAUUAAAUAAUUGCAUUAUAUUCUGUUGAAGCUUUCUCACAUUAAAUGUUUCAAUUAUCUAUUUUUCUAGCAUCUAAUCUUUUAGAGAAUUGCUCUAAGAAAGUGACUACAAACCUGCUAGAAAGGUAGAAAAGUAACAAAAGCAUUUUUAUUUUGGUAAUAAAAUGGCCAAGGAAUCUUGCAAUUUUAAAAAAAGAUAUAUGCAGAGAUGAGAACACAUUGUCAGAACUUCAACUUAAGUUGCAGUAACUUGUACAAUGUGUAUGGUAUUCAGGUGCUAUUGCUAUUCUGCAUUCCCAUAGCUUAACAAACUGUUUUAUUGAAUUAUAUGCCUCAAUUUUUCAAUUUUGCACUUGAAAGGGAUGUUUGCAAAGUUUCAUGAAGUUUUGUACUCAAGACAUUUCAGAAUGAAAAGUUUUGCAUAUUUCUAGGUUUUGGUCAUGGCAUAUAUGUUCAUGAUUCUUUAUAGCUUCCUUAUAAAUGUUAUCUAAAUAUCAGAAAAUAGUAUCUUUGCCUAAAUAGAUAAGAACUAGAAAACAUUAAAAAUUGUUACUAUGUAAAUUACAAAAAAGAAGAAGAAAUUUCACAUACAUCAAGUCUCUGUGUACAUAAGCUGUCAGUAACAUCUCUGUGAUG